AUUAAGAUAUCUUAAGACGCAGAGAGAGAGAGAGAGGAGAGAAACCGCAUUCACUUCAAUUGAGUCUCAGUGAUGCAAACUAAACACUAGAUACUAUAUAACUAUUGGGGAUAAAGGAGACCUUCUGCUCACGCCACCUCUAGCCUGACGAAGCCCCUGAUGAAGUCAAAGGAAGACCAAUCCAUGCCAUGCUGGGAUAUACUGUGGAACCUCAUGAUGUAUUCAUUAUGAGUCCUCAUCUCCACCACACCCCAGCUAAAAAAAAAUCCUCCUUUUAGAACAUUUCUUGGUGGUACCAUCAGAAAUGUCCUCCUUAAGUGGAAAAGUCCAAACAGUUUUGGGCCUUGUAGAGCCAAGCAAACUGGGCCGCACCCUGACCCAUGAACACUUGGCCAUGAGCUUUGAAUGCUGUUACUGUCCACCUCCCCCGUGCCAGGAAGCUAUUGCCAAAGAACCUAUCAUGAUGAAAAAUUUAUAUUGGAUUCAGAAAAACGCCUAUUCCCAUAAAGAAAACCUUCAGUUGAAUCAGGAGACAGAAGCCAUAAAGGAAGAAUUGUUGUAUUUUAAAGCUAAUGGUGGAGGGGCUUUGGUGGAAAACACAACCACUGGGAUUAACCGAGACACACAGAUGUUGAAGAGGCUUGCAGAAGAGACUGGCGUCCAUAUCAUAUCCGGAGCCGGGUUUUAUGUGGAUGCAACUCACUCCUCAGAGACCAGAGCCAUGUCAGUGGAGCAGCUUACAGAUGUCCUUAUGAAUGAAAUUCUCCAUGGAGCUGAUGGAACCAGUAUUAAGUGUGGGGUUAUUGGAGAAAUUGGUUGUUCCUGGCCUUUGACUGAGAGUGAAAAAAAGGUUCUCCAGGCCACAGCUCAUGCCCAGGCUCAGCUUGGUUGUCCUGUUAUUAUCCAUCCUGGACGGAGCUCCAGGGCACCAUUUCAGAUUAUCCGAAUAUUGCAAGAAGCAGGUGCAGACAUCUCUAAAACAGUCAUGUCACAUCUGGAUAGGACUAUACUUGAUAAGAAGGAGCUCUUGGAGUUUGCUCAACUUGGCUGCUACUUGGAAUAUGACCUCUUCGGUACUGAACUACUUCAUUACCAACUCUGCCCAGAUAUUGACAUGCCUGAUGAUAACAAAAGAAUUAGAAGGGUGCGUCUCCUGGUGGAGGAGGGUUAUGAAGAUCGAAUUCUGGUAGCACAUGACAUACAUACGAAAACCCGGCUGAUGAAAUAUGGAGGUCACGGCUAUUCUCAUAUACUCACCAACGUUGUUCCUAAAAUGUUACUGAGAGGUAUAACUGAGAAUGUGCUCGAUAAGAUUCUAAUAGAGAACCCUAAGCAAUGGCUAACUUUCAAAUAGGAUGGUUGCUUAUGAAUUCGCACCUUGCGUGUAAAACUGGCGGAGAACAUUCAGCGAUUUCCAGUCCACUGAGAGCUAUUAAUCAGUUACCUAGGACUAAUGAGGGAUCAUUUCCUUCUGACGAGAAGUAGGAGGGUUUGCCUUCUCUGAGACCAGCUAUUACACCUGUGCCUCUAGGGAGUUACUCAGCCUAAUUGAGCCCUAUUAUUUUGCCUUAACAAAAUAAAUACAGAAGUACGUAUUUCUAAACAAUGAUUUAAAGUCUAUAUCCCCUAAGCUGAGCUGUUGUUUUUCUCCCUAAUCUACCAGCUGCACUACUUCAGAAAAUGUAAAGUGUUUCUAGUUGAAUUAUUCCCUUCUUGAGCGAUCUAAUGUUUCUUGUAAUAUUGAUGAUCCUACUAAUUAUCCUGCUGUUCUUUAAUUAAUGCUUAAUGAAUAAUAUGGCACUUUAAAAUAGCUUCUUCAACAAGGGAAGUUACAUUUUGAGACUUUUUCCCCAAAGGAUACUGACUGUAAUACGAUUACCAAUUCACAAUGAUAAAAAUAUUUUGAAAGGUUAAUUUUAUGCUGUCCACCUAUCUAUAUAUUCUUCUAAUAAAAUGGUUUUGAUAUCUUUGGCUUUCUGGUAUCUAUUUUUGCCGUAAAUUUUGCUGUUUUGCAACCUUUGUGUAAGAACACAUAACACUACUGAAUUAUAAAAAUUCAAUCAUAAAAGUCAAAAUAUAUUACAUAAUAUAGUUUAAUGAAUCAUUACAUUUAUAAUAACAAAGGCCACAAUUUAAUUAACUGAUAAGAUAUAAUGCAAAAAAAAGGAGAAAUGUUUGCCUUAUAUAUAUUCCCUUUAUUUCCUUUACCUUGUGUUUUUCCUUGGACCUAAACAGAGAAAAUAAUGCUUAUUUAUCUGAAGAAAAGGUCAGAUCUAUUGGAAAUGACAGCCUGAUACUAGAGCCUCCUCUUUAAAAGGUAUCCAGCCGUGAUAUUUUGUGUAAAUAAAGCAUUUUUAAAAACUCUUAGUUAAAACACUUAGGUGAUGGCCACUGCUGCUUAUAAAUUCAUCUUUUGGUUGAAUCUUCACUAUGCUAUUUGGCACCUAAAAAUAUUCUCCAAACCCUUGCUGCCAAUUCCUCUUUGAUAAAUAUAUAGUUAAUUCGAAAUAAAAUCCAUUGUGAUUCAUUUAUGAGUUAUCUUACAUAUCACAAAGGCCAAUUAGAAUUUGUCCUUAUUCUUGAUGAAAAGUUUGUUUUUAAUCAUAAAAAUCGUGACAGUUACUCAGACGCAGGCAUUUCAGCAGAGCUACCACCACCUUCAGAUAGGCACACCAUGCAUAACUCUUGGGAAGUUGAGCUUUACUAAAUAAAAGAUAUUUUGGCUGAUCAGAGAUGUUCAAGCUUUCUGUGUAUUGGAACAGAAAGUAACAAAGAGGAAUGAGCCAGGAGAACAAAUUAAUUCCUUUAUAUAAAAAAAAAUGCAAGUGUCCUUCACCAGUAAAGGAAGCAAAUUUUUAAAAUUUCUGUUUUUGAAAUCUACUUGUCAAAGAGUUUUCAAAGGCAAUGAAAGGGGAACAGAUUUUUCAUUGUAAUAGUGGAAGUUGUGUGAUAGUUAGGAGAUAUCAACAUGCAUUUUUAAUCUUUUCCUUAGAUGAAAGAGAUGGCUUUUGGCAGUGUGUUCUAACCAGCAAGAAAAGAUUUGUAUUACUCUCCAAAUCUACUGUACUGUCAGCUUCAGUCCACCUGAGAAAAAAGAAAAAAAAUUGAUAGCUCAAAUGCAUAUAAUUCAUAAACACUGCAAAGGAGAGCCACUUGGUAUCUGCAGUCCUCAUAUCAAUAAUCUGUCACAGAAUGCAGUUAAAGUAUUGAUUGGCAUAUGGUAAUACAACAACCAUAGCCUUAACUUACAGACCUGUAAAAUAAAGGGCAUUUUUACCUAAUACAAUUAAUUUUCUAGAUAACUCUUAAAGAGAAGUUGUUUUAACUCUUUUUGCUACUCCAUAUAUUGUCAUUCAAAAUAUAUUUUAACCCAAAAUAAGUUAAAUAAUUUAUGCAUGUUUGUGUGUUUAUAUAUGCAUAUACUUUUUUAUAUUAAAAUUUUGAGGCUAUACAGCCACUGUGACCUAUGGAAUAAAGCCAUAUAUAUAUGUUUUAUAUGUAUAUGUUUUAUAUGUAUAUAAAACAUUUCAUCUAACAUAUAUAUGUGUGUGUGAGUAUAUGUGUGUGUGUUUAGCAGAUAUUUGUAUAAAAUAUAAACACUAUUGUCAUAUUGGUUAUAUGUGAAAUUGUUAAUUUUGAAAUAACCUCAGGCCACAGACUUGUAGUAACCAUUUGAAGGCCUCACCUAGUGUCCCCUUGGUGACAUCUGCAGCAGCUCAAAUUAAACCUUUGUGCAUUGGGUUGUGAAUAAUCUUUUGUUCCAAAGAUGGCAAAAGCCUCGGCUUGAUUUGAUACUAAAGAAUAAAUUUCUCUGACUUUCCCAGUGAAUCUAAAUGUAUUCAGUUGACAAAAUGGACACAUAAGGGCUUUUUCUAAAUACCGCACAUAAUUACACAUUUUCACACUUAGAGGGUAAUCCUAUGAUACACUGUCAAUCUCUAUUUUUAAAGACUAUCACCAGAAAAGAGAGAAAAGAAAAUUCAUAUAAGAAAAAGAAAAUGUGAAAAUGAUCAUAGGCUUGGGAAUUCCCUCAAAUCCAGAAAAUUCCAGGUUAAGGCUUGAAGUAGAAUCAUUCCCAGGUCUAGCUCUAAAGUUAACAAGAGUACAAGGCAAACAAUUUCUUUGGGGACAAGCAGCAUUAUUUCAAUUAGACCUUCUCCUGCAGGGUAAAAAUCAUUCUUCCCCACGCUAUGAAUGGACUCCAAGUAUCAUAAUAAGCAGGUAAACUCACAAGAACCAAAGCCGACAUAUGGAUAAAAGCAGCAAGAUCACAGUACACCAAAGUAUCAUAUAUAUUGAAGAAAUAAUUCAAUGUCUUAGAUUUGUCUAUAAAAAUUUGUGAUCUAUAUAGGACUUCAUUCACAUGGACACUAACGAUAAGGAGUAUUUGCUUUGGCGGUAGUGGAUCACACAUCUGCUUAUCUUGCUUUGAUAUUUUUUACAUGAUGUUUCUGAGUAAUACAGAUGUGAGUCAGGUAGCAUUUGAUUUCCCCACAUAUACACAACCGAGGUGCCCUGCCAUUGGCAUCCCCUGGGAUCCUUGAUUCACUGACGUUAGCCAUACGCAUCCAGUGUUCAAACUCAGAAUGAUAAGCUUAGUCUCUGCAUUAUCAGUCAGCGUAAAUAAUAAAUCCAGAAAACGUGCUGUAUUUGUUGUUGUUCCCUCCAUGGGCUUUCCCGCCAUCUAAUUUGAUAUAGACUUCGUCUCCCGGCUCCAAAUGAAGAACCACACUGUUACUGGCAUAGUCGUAAUUCUGAUCAGCAUCCUGGGCAAUUGCGCUAGCACGCACCUAUGUGAAACAGACAAGAAUUAGGAUGCGUAAAUGAGAAUUCUCAAGUUUUCUUUUUGCCAUUCAUGCAGCAUCACAAGCUGACUUGCUGCCCUAGCACAGAAUUUAGCGUAGGAAAGUCCAUGUUGACCUCAGAGCUUUAUGAGAAUAGUGCUGUGGCAGUUUCAGCUACAUUGGUGAGAAGGAGGACAGAAAGGGACAAAAUAGUGCUUCAGUGGGGACGAUUCUGGCAGUCUUCUCUAACUCCACAUUCUAAACUAUGCGUACAAUUUAUCAUCUUCCUGUAUCACUUGUUUUUCUAACUCCUUCAAUCCCUAUGCCCAAUCACAUUUUGAAAUGAAACUAAUAGUAUUUUUUUUUGCGUUUUAGUUUAAGCCAAAUAGCAAUAUUCUAAUCAGCUGUUGAUGAGUACAGAAGUUCAAGUCUAAGUUCAGCUGUUCACCACAAUUAUUAGAAAACUGAGCAGGUGUAACCACAAAAACCUACGAAUGCAUUAGAGUGAUUCCACAGACUGAAAGGUUACCCUCACUGUGUCCACCACCUUUGUUGGAUCAAGCCAGUGUGGUUGCUCUUUAAUGAAGCCGCUUCUAAGAUGCUAAUGAUCCUGGGAGUUUUAGCCUUUUGUUGCCUGCUGCUGCAGUGUUUGAACCAUUCCAGUAAGCCGGCAACUUUGCAGGGACAAGGACAGAGCGUGCAAAGCACGGAGGGAAAGUAGGAGUGUUUGUACCAUGAGUCUCUGCACACCCCUCAUCUUGGCUAUAGUAGACUGGACCACAGAUGGACACUGUACCGUGCAGAUUACUUCUUCCAGGAACUUGGACUGAGACCAAGAGACUCACAGCAUCCUCUUCUGGCUUUCUUGUCUACCAGCCCCUGGCAGAAAUCACCAUUUCUUCGGCGAAGGAAUGCUACUUUCCAAAAUCCUUUGGCAGAAUCUCCUAGAGAUUUGUUUUUCUGCUUCCUAAUUUAGAAAGUCUUCAAAGAAAAAAAAAAACUUGACAAAUUAAUGUGAGAAGAAACGAACUGUGAUUUAAUUUUGCAUUUCUUUCAUGAAAAGUUUA